AUGGCUGAGGACGGCGGCGGCGGCAAGGUCACCGGAAUCCGGCACAUUGUGAGGCUGAAGGAGAUGCUUCAGAAAUGGCAGUCACUCGCACUGGGGCCCAAGGAGGUCCCGCAAAAGCCCUCUGGCAUCUCCCCUCUGAUCGAGAAGCGUUUGAAGAGCGUCUGCAUCGCCUGCGACUCCGACGAGGAGAGCUGCCAGAGCCCCGAACCUCCUCCCGACGUCCCUAGGGGCUACAUGGCCGUCUACGUCGGGCAGGAACGCCGGAGAUUCGUGAUCCCUACGACCUAUCUCAGCAGGCCGGCGUUCAAAGUGCUGCUGGAGAAGGCCGAGGAGGAGUUCGGGUUCGACCAAAAGGGAGUCAUCACCUUCCCAUGCGAGAUCGAGACGUUCAAGUACAUCCUCCAAUGCACGGAACAUCACCAGAAGGGCCUCAUCGACGACGGUAGAUCUCUCUUGAUUCUUCCCCUCGUCCUCUUCUUCUUCGUUACGGUUUCCUGGCACUGCUUUUCUUCAUGGAAAUGA